AUGGAGAGUAUUGCAGUAGGUGGCUCUCAUUUCCCUCCGGGGUUCCGAUUUCAUCCAACAGAUCAGGAACUUAUUAUCCAUUACUUAAGAAACAAGCUCGCCUCUACCCUUGCUCCAGUCACCUGUAUUAUUGCCGAUAUUGACAUUUACAAGUUCAACCCCUGGGAACUUCCAGACAAAGCCUGCUUCGGCGAAGGUGAAUGGUUCUUCUUCAGCCCAAGGGAUCGGAAAUAUCCUAAUGGAUCACGGCCUAAUAGGGCAGCAGGCUCUGGAUACUGGAAGGCAACAGGUACAGACAAGCCCAUCCUUGCGACUGGUGGGUCCCAGUGCCUCGGUGUGAAGAAGAACCUCGUGUUCUACAAAGGCCGGCCACCAAAGGGAAUCAAGACUGAUUGGGUCAUGCACGAGUAUCGCCUCCUUGAAGAGUCCAAUGCUUCUUCAUUCCCCAAAUACAGGGGUUCCAUGCGUUUGGAUGACUGGGUUCUUUGUAGAGUGCGUCAAAAAGGCAACAUUCCCCUACAAGCAGAAGAGAAGUCCGGGAUAUCAGGCAUCAUCAAUUGCUUUGCAACAGAGAAAAAUGAGGAAUUGAAAACAAACAAUAACAUUUUCUCCGAAUGGAGCGAUUACAAACUUCUAGCGCAACUUCUUAAUUCUCGAGAGGAGGGUGGUGACAGUGGAUGUGAGAAUUCUGAUUCAGACUCGAGCAAAUUCUCAGGCGUAGACAACAUCGUUUCCAAUGGAUGUGAAAAUACUCAGGCCUCAUCACCGAAGAUGGUUUCUUCGGUGCUCAAUUCACUCAAAAGAACACUCUCGUUUGGAGUAAUGGAUGAGUUCAUGUUGAUGUCCCCCAAUAAGAGAGCGCACUACUUGGCGAGUGACUAUCACCAAUUGUCACCAAGUCAGUCUGUUUCUGUUGAUCGGGCAUUUCCUGAGUUCUUGAUAUGAUGUUGUAUCUGAACAAGGGAUUGUGGAAAAUCAUAUACUUAUUCAAGGUCUAGAGACUUAGAUUAGAACCUGCACAGAUAAAAUUCUGGAUCUUAGUGAUGCACAGAAUGAACUGUAGGUGAU